AGUUUUUGGCUCGAAUUGUAUCAGUGUGUUUUUCACUGUAAUGUUCGAUUUUGAUCAGUUGGAUGUCCCGCGUGUUGACGGUGACACAAGACAUGGAACAACACUUCCUUGCAACUCUGUGGACGAUGUGGCCGCCAAAGAUAUCGCAGCUGGAAAGUCUUGCCGAAUGAAGAUUGGAGAUGUUGCAGCUGAUGAAUUGCUUGGGAGUUUGCUUCGAAUGCACCAAAAUUCGCAGUACUUAUUCUAUUUGAGUGCGAACGAAGUGUCCAAGGACAGGCAACUUCAAAAUACCGAGGUGUCCAAUAGCCUAGAAAAACCACAGGAUGGAAAGAUGAGUGGAGGAUAUGAAAGUGCUCAGAAUCAGCAAGAACCAGAACAGCAAGCUGGUGAGGAUAAAGAACCCCCAAAUGUUGGUGAGGUUUUAGCAUUGUCACCAGAGCUCUUGGCUGCGGAGAUAGCUUCCCAGCAAUCUGUUGGCGAAGCUUUAGACUCCUCGCAAGAAGAGGGCACUGAAACUCAGCCAGGUGUUGGCCAUGGAGCUACAUUUGAAGAAAAAGAAAAACAAAAAGAACAAAUAAUUCAAGAAAUGAAUGCCGAACUUGAGGCAGAAAAACAGUUGCAGCUGCAAGGACUUGUUUCCGGGUCCGUGGAAGCGAGGGAACAAGCGAGGAAGCAAAGGUGGUUGGAGGGAGCCGACGGGGGCGAGGACUCGGCUGAUGAGGCUCUUGGGGUUUUGUCAAGCUUGGGCAGAUCAAUGAGCACAUGGGCCAGUGUUGCAUACAUUGGUUUGUCCAUUUCAAUGAGCAGCGAUCCCAUGGUUGCUGGCCGGCAAAUUGCGAGCUUAUGUCGAAGCAAAGGGGGUAUCUAUGUCAAAGCUGCCCAAACCGCCUCUUCAAUGGACUACGCAUUUCCAAAGGAAGUUCUUGAGGAGUUUCAAGCAUUGCAAGAUUCUGCAGACGCUCAACAGUGGAGUGAAAUUGAACAUAGAGUCGCCAAGCAUACACCGGGUGGAAUCAGCACAAUCUACGAUUCGUUCUCUGAGGAACCAAUCAAUGCUGCUUCCAUGGCCCAAGUGCAUGUAGCUACGAGGAAAAAUGGGCAAAAGGUUGCUGUGAAGAUUCUGAGAAGGAGUCUGGCCCAAACGUUUGAUCGAGACGUGAGCGACUACUUGGGCUUGCUUGGAAUGUACGAAGCUGCGACAGGAACGCCAGUGAAGUGGAUGAUGGAGUGGGCCAUGGAAGAGCUGAAGAAGGAACUCGACUUCCGAUGGGAGGCAGAUUUGCAGGAGGAGUGCGAAAGGUUUGUGAAGUCGAAACAUGAGCUGCAGAGAGUGGCCGUGCCAGCUCUUCAUGCAGAGCUUUGUUCCAAGCGUUUGCUGGUGAUGGAGUUCAUUGAUGGCUGCAAAAUCACAAAAGCUCCGGAACACUUCCCUGACUGGGAUUACGGCAGAGAUGUACCAGCUAUUCAUGAAGCCCUUGAAACCUGGCACGCUAUGCAGCUCUUUUUGACUGGAUGCUUGGUUGCUGUAGCAGACCAUACUGUAGUUGCAGUGCAAGUUCGCCCGUCUCUGUCUUCUUCCAACAUUUUCCUUGUCAAGGCAAGUUUCAUGGAGACCCUCAUCCUGGCAAUGUUUUGGUACGCCGGAGCCCACACACAAUUCCAGGCAAAAGCCCCUUUCAGGUGGUGGUCAUUGAUCAUGGGGGGUACUACAGCUUGGAUGAUGAGACUCGCAAACUCUAUGCGGAGGUAUGGAGCAUGAUGGAUGAACCGAAGGACGCACAGCAGAAGUCUGCAAGGCGCACUCGCCUGAAAGAAAUUAUGUCCAUGUGGGGCAUUGGGCAUACAUCUCGCUUUGUCCUUGAGCAAAUGUUCAAUGGCCAUUUCGGAGCUGCUGAUCCCACUGCCAGCAUUACUGAAAACGGUGAGGCGAGACGCCAUCGCUGGAAUUGGAUGAAUCAAAAGCAGGAUGAUCUUGGACCGCCCGUCUUUGAGGACGUCUCCAAGAUGCCUCCUGCCUUGAUGAAAGCCUUCGGCGUAGGAAACUUCACUCGUUCUGCCUGGACCAUUCUCUCAAAAGGCCAGAAAGGCCUGCGAGGUUGGGACUUCUGCAAGGUGCGGGUCGGAAUCAUGAUUCGCUGGGCGAAGAAUUGCCCAGGUGUCAGGCGCCCACCCUGAAGUUGAAAAGAAGCGUCGAUUUGAUUUCCAUUAUGAUUCGAUGGCAUGAAGGGGGAAUCUAGACAUUUGGGCGGUUGCCCAAUGCAGCAUAUUCUUAGCGUCUUAGCAGAACACAAGGAGGGAACAAAGGUGGAGCGGUGUUCAGGUCCCACACAGCUUGGCUUUGAUCCCUAGCGUUCGGCCCUUUCUUCCUUUAAACCGGGAUUGACAGGUUCAAUGACAUGAACAGCUUUGUGC